AUGGUCGCAUAUGCUCUUACUUCGAUGCUUCUGAGCGCUGGUGCGCUCGUCUCUGCCGCGCCAUCAGGUCUUGAUGCCCGCGCUGGAUGCACUUUCACCGAUGCUGCAACGGCUAUCAAGAACAAGGCCUCUUGCACCAACAUUGUCAUCAGCGGCAUGACUGUUCCUGCUGGUACCACCCUGGACCUCACGGGCUUGAAGUCCGGUACUACUGUCACCUUCCAGGGCACAACUACCUUUGGAUACAAGGAGUGGGAAGGCCCGCUCAUCUCCGUCUCCGGAACUAACAUCAAGGUGGUGGGUGCCGCCGGCCACACCAUUGAUGCCGCUGGUCAGAAGUGGUGGGACGGAAAGGGAUCCAACGGAGGCAAGACUAAGCCCAAAUUCUUCUACGCUCACUCCCUCACCACAUCCUCAAUCAGCGGACUCAACAUCAAGAACACCCCCGUCCAGGCCUUCUCCAUCAACGGUGCCACCGACUUGACUCUUGACCGCAUCUCUAUCGACAACACCGCAGGCGACUCAGCCGGCGGCCACAACACCGACGCCUUCGACAUCGGCAGCUCCAGCGGCAUCACCAUCUCCAACGCCAACGUCAAGAACCAAGACGACUGUGUCGCCAUUAACUCCGGCAGCAACAUCCACGUCACAAACUGCCAGUGCUCUGGCGGCCACGGCGUCUCCAUCGGCUCUGUCGGCGGCCGCAAAGACAACACCGUCAAGGGCGUCACCGUCAGCGGCACCACCAUCGCCAACUCGGACAACGGCGUCCGCAUCAAGACCAUCUCUGGCGCCACCGGCUCCGUUUCCGACAUCACCUACGAAAACAUCACCCUCAGAAACAUUGCCAAGUACGGCAUCGUUAUCGAGCAGGACUACCUUAACGGCGGCCCAACUGGAAAGCCCACCACUGGCGUCCCCAUCACCGGUGUUACGCUUAAGAACGUUGCCGGUACCGUUACCGGAUCCGGUACUGAGAUCUACGUCCUUUGCGGAAAGGGAAGCUGCUCUGGCUGGAACUGGUCCGGCGUUAGCGUUACUGGUGGAAAGAAGAGCUCCAGCUGCCUUAACGUUCCUGCUGGCGCUUCUUGCUAA